CAGUAGAAAUACACCUUCUUACACUUUUUAAAUGAUUAAACUCAGGUAUUAUGGACCAAGGGGACACUUAGACCGAGGAAUUUUCCACGGGGUGCCGGGAAAGAGGAAAAGAUGAGGACGAAUCUGCCGGAGCUGAUCUUCCGGCUGUAAAAACAAGGCGGCAGUCAGCUGACGGUCCCUGCACCGCGGCUGGUUGACAGCGCCGGGUGUGCGGACAGCAGGAGACUCGGAACGAGGGGAGUUCUGUAGAAAUCUUGCCAAAGAAGAUGAAGAAAAACAGAGAAAGAUUCUGCAACAGAGAGAGGGAAUUUGUGUAUGAAUUCAAAGUGGGAGGUCAGUGCUUAGAACUGAGGGUGCCUCUCAGAUUUCCUGUUCAAGAGAAUGCCAGUCAUUUACAUGGCCGUCUGCUGCUGCUGCACGAUUUACCAUGCUUUAUAGAAAAAGACUUAAAAGAAGCUCUGAGCCAGUUUAUCGAAGAAGAAUCCCUCAAAGAUUAUGACAGAGAUGCUGAAGCAGCCCUGGAAGCUGUGAAGUCAGGUGAAGUAGACUUACAUCAGCUGGCAAGUACAUGGGCCAGAGCUUAUGCGGAGACCACAUUAGAGCAUGCAAGGCCUGAGGAGCCCAGCUGGGAUGAAGAUUUCGCAGAUGUGUACCAUGACCUAAUCCAUUCUCCUGCCUCUGAAACUCUCCUAAAUUUGGAACACAAUUACUUUGUCAGUAUCUCAGAACUGAUUGGCGAAAGAGAUGUGGAGCUGAAAAAAUUACGAGAGAGACAAGGCAUUGAAAUGGAAAAAGUGAUGCAGGAACUGGGAAAAUCACUGACAGAUCAAGAUGUAAAUUCACUGGCUGCUCAGCAUUUCGAAUCCCAGCAGGACUUGGAAAAUAAAUGGUCCAAUGAAUUAAAACAGUCGACUGCCAUUCAAAAGCAAGAGUAUCAGGAAUGGGUGAUGAAACUUCAUCAAGACCUAAAAAACCCCAAAAACAGCUCUCUCAGUGAGGAAAUUAAAGUUCAACCAAGUCAGCUCAGAGAAUCCGCUGAAGCAAAUGGAAGGAUUUAUGAGGAACAGAGAAAGUUAGAAGAAAGUUUUACCAUUCACUUAGGAGCCCAGUUGAAGACCAUGCAUAACCUGAGGUUGCUGAGAGCAGAUAUGCUGGAUUUCUGUAAGCACAAGAGGAGCCACCGAAGUGGUGUGAAGCUCCACCGACUCCAGACAGCACUGUCGCUUUACUCCACGUCCCUCUGUGGCCUGGUGUUGCUAGUGGAUAACCGAAUCAAUUCAUACAGUGGUAUUAAAAGAGAUUUCGCCACAGUUUGCCAAGAAUGCACUGACUUUCAUUUUCCCCGAAUUGAAGAUCAGCUGGAGGUUGUCCAGCAGGUGGUACUUUAUGCCAGAACCCAGCGCAGGAGCAAGCUGAAAGAAUCACACGAUUCUGGAAACCGAGAUGGAGGAAGUGAUGAUAAGACUAAGAAUGCAGAUAGAAACUAUUUAAAUAUUUUACCUGGAGAAUUUUACAUUACGCGGCAUUCUAAUCUCUCAGAAAUACAUGUUGCUUUCCAUCUUUGUGUGGACGACAACGUGAAAUCGGGAAACAUCACUGCUCGGGACCCUGCCAUUAUGGGUCUCCGAAACAUACUCAAGGUUUGCUGCACCCAUGACAUCACAACAAUAAGUAUUCCUCUCCUGCUGGUGCAUGAUAUGUCAGAGGAAAUGACUAUACCAUGGUGCUUAAGGAGAGCAGAACUUGUGUUUAAGUGUGUCAAAGGUUUCAUGAUGGAAAUGGCUUCAUGGGACGGAGGAAUUUCUAGGACAGUGCAAUUUCUGGUACCACAGAGCAUUUCUGAAGAAAUGUUUUACCAACUUAGUAACAUGCUUCCCCAGAUCUUCCGAGUAUCAUCAACACUCACCCUGACAUCCAAGCACUAAACCCCCUAGAUUGAUAUCUGGCAGAAGAAGAUGCGUAAACUAUCCAGGAACUUGAGAUGUGCUGGGAUUCUGUCAAGCAAAAGAUGCCCAGAAAGAGGACUUGCCACCCAAGCCACGAAUCAAAUCAUGAUAAACAUCUGUUAAACGUUCCAAAAUCCACAUGCCGUACAGACUAGUGCUCAGCCUCUUACUUAUACAGUUAUUUUUUUUCACACACACACACACACACACACACACACACACACACUGUAUUUUAUUUUUACAAGAGAUAAAUAAACUGACACCAAGCAUUGUAAAUGAAUGACCACAACAAAAGCAACAAUGAUUGCAAUUACCAAACACAAAACACCCUCAUACUAUGUCAUAAUAUUGACAUUCAGUCCAGUAAUCCUCCACUGUAACAGCUCCUUUACUUUGCAGUGAAAAUUGAUUUGUAUAUUUUUUGCCUCUGAGUCCUUGUGGGAUUUUUUUUUUAUUCAAACAGAAAGUCACAAAAAUUAUAAUCAUCCUCAUCAGUUCACUCAGUCCCAUGUAAUUAAUUUUUUUUUCAUCUUGAUCUUUUGUUAGCACUUAUAUGAAUUCAUCAGUUUUCUAUUAGAGUCCUGAAAAUGCUUAUUCAUUCAGUUCAGCAGUAUAGUCAGUUACCAGAAACCUGUACUUGUCAGAGUCGUUUCCAUGAAUUCCCGGAAGAUGAAACCCUUUUAUAGGAACAUUUUUGCAAAAGCAUCAGAGUACACCCAGAACUGUCUGUAAAUGACAAAAGACUUAAAAAUGACCACGGUUAAAGAUUUGAUGAAAGUUCAUAAUAAUGCGAUUGACAAGGAAAUUUAGUUAUUUCUGAGAUAUACAUUUUAAAGUAAUAACUAGAAUUAUGACUUAUAACAUUAUACCAGAACAUAUAAGAUUUUUAGAAAUUUCAUGUAAUGUCUGAAACAUUUAUAUUAACCUAUUUCCAUACAAAUAACCCAAAGAGAGUUUAGUAUUAGUUGUUUUUUUUUGUUUGUUUUUUUACACUGCAGGUUCUUAUUAGUCAUCAAUUUUAUACACAUCAGUGUAUACGUGUCAAUCCCAAUCGCCCAAUUCAGCAUACCACCAUCCCCACCCCACCACAGUUUUCCCCCCUUGGUGUCCAUACGUUUGUUCUCUACAUCUGUGUCUCAACUUCUGCCCUGCAAACCGGUUUAUCUGUACCAUUUUUCUAGGUUCCACAUACAUGCGUUAAUAUACGUUAUUUGUUUUUAUCUUUCUGACUUCACUGUGUAUGACAGUCUCUAGAUCCAUCCACGUCUCAACAAAUGACUCAAUUUCGUUCUUUUUUAUGGCUGCGUAAUAUUCCAUUUUAUAUAUGUACCACAACUUCUUUAUCCGUUUGUCUGUCGAUGGGCAUUUAGGUUGCUUCUAUGACCUGGCUAUUGUAAAUAGUGCUGCAGUGAACAUUGGGGUGCAUGUGUCUUUUUGAAUUAUGGCUUUCUCUGGGUAUAUGCCCAGUAAUGGGAUUGCUGGAUCAUACGGUAAUUGUAUUUUUAGUUUUUUAAGGAACCUCCAUACUGUUCUCCAUAGUGGCUGUAUCAAUUUACAUUCCCACCAGCAGUGCAAGAGAGUUCCCAUUUCUCCACACCCUCUCCAACAUUUGUUGUUUGUAGAUUUUCUGAUGAUGCCCAUUCUAACUGGUGUGAGAUGAUACCUCAUUGUAGUUUUGAUUUGCAUUUCUCUAAUAAUUAGUGAUGUUGAACAGCUUUUCAUGUGCUCCUUGGCUAUCUGUAUGUCUUCUUUGGAGAAAUGUCUAUUUAGGUCUUCUGCCCAUUUCUGGAUUGGGUUGUUGGUUUCUUUUAUGUUGAGCUGCAUGAGCUGUUUAUAUAUUUUGGAGAUUAAUCGUUUGUCCGUUGAUUCGUUUGCAAAUAUUUUCUCCCAUUCUGAGGGUUGUCUUUUCGUCUUGUUUAUGGUUUCCUUUGCUGUGCAAAAGCUUUGAAGUUUCAUUAGGUCCCAUUUGUUUAUUUUUGUUUUUAUUUCCAUUACUUUAGGAGGUGGAUCAAAAAAGAUCUUGCUGUGAUUUAUGUCAAAGAGUAUUCUUCCUAUGUUUUCCUCUAAGAGUUUUAUACUGUCCAGUCUUACAUUUAGGUCUCUAAUCCAUUUUGAGUUUAUUUUUGUGUAUGGUGUUAGGGAGUGUUCUAAUUUCGUUCUUUUACAUGUAGCUGUCCAGUUUUCCCAGCACCACUUAUUGAAGAGACUAUCUUUUCUCCAUUGUAUAUCUUUGCCUCCUUUGUCAGGUUAGUUGACCAUAUGUGCGUGGGUUUAUCUCUGGGCUUUCUAUCUUGUUCCAUUGAUCUAUGUUUCUGUUUUUAUGCCAGUACCAUAUUGUCUUGAUCACUGUAGCUUUGUAGUAUAGUCUGAAGUCAGGGAAUCUGAUUCCUCCAGCUCCGUUUUUUUCCCUCAAGACUGCUUUGGCUAUUUGGGGUCUUUUGUGUCUCCAUACAAACUUUAAGAUGAUUUGUUCUAGUUCCGUAAAACAUGCCAUUGGUAAUUUGAUGGGGAUUGCAUUGAAUCUGUAGAUUGCUUUGGGUAGUAUAGUCAUUUUCACAAUAUUGAUUCUUCCAAUCCAAGAACAUGGUAUAGCUCUCCAUCUGUUGGUAUCAUCUUUAAUUUCUUUCAUCAGUGUCUUAUAGUUUUCUGCAUACAGGUCUUUUGUUUCCCUAGGUAGUUUUAUUCCUAGGUAUUCUUUUUGUUGCAAUGGUAAAUGGGAGUGUUUCCAUAAUUUCUCUUUCAGAUUUUUCAUCAUUAGUGUAUAGGAAUGCAAGAGAUUUCUGUGCAUUAAUUUUGUAUCCUGCAACUUUACCAAAUUCAUUGAUUAGCUCUAGUAGUUUUCUGUGGCAUUUUUAGGAUUCUCUAUGUGUAGUAUGUCAUCUGCAAACAGUGACAGUUUUACUUCUUCUUUUCCAAUUUGUAUUCCUUUUAUUUCUUUUUCUUCUCUGAUUGCCGUGGCUAGGACUUCCAAAACUAUGUUAAGUAAUAGUGGUAAGAGUGGACAUCCUUGUCUCAUUCCUGAUCUUAGAGGAAAUGCUUUCAGUUUUUCACCAUUGAGAAUGAUGUUUGCUGUGGGUUUGUCAUAUACAGCCUUUAUCAUGUUGAGGUAGGUUCCCUCUAUGCCCACUUUCUGGAGAGUUUUUAUCAUAAAUAGGUGUUGAAUUUUGUCAAAAGCUUUUUCUGCAUCUAUUGCAAUGAUCGUAUGGUUUUUAUUCUUCAAUUUGUUAAUAUGGUGUAUCACAUUGAUUGAUUUGCGUAUAUUGAACAAUCCUUGCAUCCCUGGGAUAAAUCCCACUUGAUCAUGGUGUAUGAUCCUUUUAAUGUGUUCUUUUUUGGAUUCUGUUUGCUAGUAUUUUGUUGAGGAUUUUUGCCUCUAUAUUCAUCAGUGAUAUUGGUCUGUCAUGUUCUUUUUUUGUAGUAUCUUUGUCUGGUUUUGGUAUCAGGGUAAUGGUGGCCUCAUAGAAUGAGCUUGUGAGUGUUCCUUCCCCUGCAAUUUUUUGGAAGAGUUUGAGAAGGAUGGGCGUUAUCUCUUCUCUAAAUGUUUGAUAGAAUUCACCUGUGAAGCCAUCUGGUCCUGGACUUUUGUUUGUUGGAAGAUUUUUAAUCACAGUUUCAAUUUCAUUACUUGUGAUUGGUCUCUUCAUAUUUUCUGUUUCUUCCCAGUUCAGUCUUGGAAGGUUAUACCUUUCUAAGAAUUUGUCCAUUUCUUCCAGGUUGUCCAUUUUAUUGGCAUAGAGUUGCUUGUAGUAGUCUGUUAGGAUGCUUUGUAUGUCUGUGCUGUCUGUUGUAACUUCUUCUUUUUCAUUUCUAAUUUUAUUGAUUUUAGUCCUCUCCCUCUCUUUCUUGAUGAGUCUGGCUAAUGGUUUAUCAAUUUUGUUUAUCUUCUCAAAGAACCAGCUUUUAGUUUUAUUGAUCUUUGCUAUUGUUUUCUUUGUUUUUAUUUCAUUUAUUUCUGCUCUGAUCUUUAUGAUUUCUUUCCUUCUGCUAACUUUGGGUUUUGUUUGUUCUUCUUUCUCUAGUUCCUUUAGGUGUAAGGUUAGAUUGUUUACAUGAGAUUUUUCUUGUUUCUUGAGGUAGACUUGUAUAGCUAUAAACUUCCCUCUUAGAACUGCUUUUGCUGCAUCCCAUAGGUUUUGGAUCGUCGUGUUUUCAUUGUCAUUUGUCUCUAGGUAUUUUUUGAUUUCCUCUUUGAUUUCUUCAGAGAUCGCUUGGUUAUUUAGUAACGUAUUGUUUAGCCUCCAUGUGUUUGUGUUUUUUAUGUUUUUUUCCCUGUAAUUCAUUUCUAAUCUCCUAGCGUUGUGGUCAGAUAAGAUGCUUGAUAUGAUUUCAAUUUUCUUAAAUUUACUAAGGCUUGAUUUGUGACCCAAGAUGUGAUCUAUCCUGGAGAAUGUCCCAUGCACACUUGAGAAGAACGUGUAAUCUGCUGUUUUUGGAUGGAAUGUCCUAUAAAUAUCAAUUAAAUCUG